GCCAGCAAGCAAUUACUUUUCGAAUCAAUACUUCCGAGCAUCGAUUACAGCAUUGUCUAAUUCAAAUCUUUACCACCAAGUACACCAUAAUCUGAGAGCUAGCAGCCAUGGCAAGCGCAGCAGUCUUGACUCCGGUCAAGAGUCGCUCUUCAGUCUUCUCCACCCGCACCGCUGGCGGUCGGAUGCCAUUGACUCCCUCUCCCCGCACCCCUCGAACCCAGACUCCUGAUGUGCAGGCACAAGAGUCUAUCCAUGGCGGCAACCUCAUGUCCCGCUUCCAGCGCUCCAUCUCCAAGAAGACACAUGAUUCACCAAAGUCGAACAUCGCCCGCACCACACAGUCACCGCGCCGGUUAGAACUUGGGGUAUCAGAAUGGUCGCUCACUGGAACUGGUACUACAGCCACCACGAAGACACCCGCCAAGGCAAAGAAGGACAGCACCAUCCGCUCAAGGCCCACCAAGACUCGCAUUGCAUACAACUCCGCCGACCGCUUCAUUCCCAACCGCACAGCAAGUGAAGCUAUUUGCAGCGCUGGCACCGGCAAGCUCGAUCAGCGGCCAAAGUCAAGCUCCAAGGGUGAAGGAUCAACAGUACUCGCCAGCGCCGCAAGUGCUUUCGAUCUUGGCGGCCGCGGAUCAGAGGAGGAUGUUACCCUCUCGUUGGAGGGCUUGAACAUUGACGACGAUGAGGAGGAGAGCCGCGCCAGCACAAAGCCUGCUCCCAGCGCAGCAGCAUACCAGUCGACUCUUGCAUCAGCAUGCGGUAUCAGCACCAACACCCGCAUUCUUGCGUUCAAGCCCGCGCCCCCAGAAUCGUCCAAGCCCAUCGACCUCCGCUCCCAGUACAACCGCCCUCUCAAGUCUACUGCUGGCGUCAACGCGCAGAGCCGCCGCCGCAUUCCGUCAGCACCUGAGCGUGUCCUCGAUGCUCCCGGUCUCGUUGAUGACUACUACCUGAACCUGCUCGACUGGUCCUCUGGCAACCAGGUCGCCAUUGGUCUUGAGCGCUCCGUCUAUGUCUGGUCAGCCGACUCUGGCUCGGUCUCUUCACUCCUCGAGUGCCCCGCCGACACCUACAUCUCCUCUGUGAAGUGGUCAGGUGACGGUGCGUACGUUGGCGUUGGCCUCGGUACGGGCGAGGUCCAGAUCUGGGACGUUGAGGAGCAGACCAAGCUCCGCAGCAUGUUCGGCCACGAGACCCGCGUUGGUGUUAUGGGAUGGAACAAGCACCUUCUCUCCACUGGUGCUCGCUCUGGUCUCGUCUACAACCACGAUGUCCGCAUCGCACAGCACAAGAUUGCCGAGCUCGUCUCCCACACUGGAGAGGUCUGCGGUCUUGAGUGGCGCGCCGACGGUGCCCAGCUCGCUACCGGCGGAAACGACAACAUGGUCAACAUCUGGGAUGCGCGCGCUCUUAACGCCCCCAAGUUCACCAAGACCAACCACCGCGCCGCGGUUAAGGCUCUUUCUUGGUGCCCAUGGCAAUCCAACCUCCUCGCCACUGGCGGUGGCUCCAACGACCGUCAGAUCUACUUCUGGAACACCACCACCGGUGCCCGCAUCAACCACAUCGCCACCGACUCCCAGGUCACCAGCCUCCGCUGGAGCACCCACUACAAGGAGAUUGUCAGCAGCGGUGGCUUCCCCGACAACAGCCUCAGCAUCUGGAGCUACCCUACCGGUGUCAAGAACAUGGAGAUUCCGGCCCACGAGUCUCGUGUCCUCCACAGCUGCCUCAGCCCCGACGGCCAGAUGCUUGCCACUGCCGCCGCCGACGAGUCCCUCAAAUUCUGGAAGGUCUUCGAGAAGAAGCCCGGCCAGCCCUCAGUCGCCGCCGCCGGCUCUGCUUCCAUGAAGCCCAGCGUCGUCAAGCAGAUGACCAUCCGCUAA